AUGGUGAAUCUAGAAAUUGAUGGCUCGUCUUUGGAUCUCAGAAAGAAGAGGUUUGACAUCUUAAAUGGUUUAUGGCAAGAAUAUCGUGUAGAAGAGGUCAAAUGGCGCCAAAAAUCCAGGCUAAAGUGGUUAAAAGAGGGGGACAAGAACUCAGCGUUCUUUCACUCGAUUAGCAAGAAGAGACAAUACAGAAAAAAUAUCUCGAAGCUGGUCGUGGAGGGCAACACGAUUCAUGAGCCAAACCAGAUUAAAGCAGCGAUUCUAAACCAUUUCAAGUCUUUCUUCACGAGGGAGGACAAACAGAGACCUAAAAUCAGGUGCAACAAUUUAGCCAGAAUUAACCCCAUGGAGAGGAGAUCUUUGGAGGCUGCUUUCACUGAGGAGGAGAUUUGGAAUGUUCUUAAAUCCUGUGAUGGCAACAAGGCCCCUGGGCCUGAUGGAUUUUGUUCUGUACUAGGUGAUGUGCUCCGAUUCUUCCAUGAAUUUCACACUUCAGGGAAACUUGCUAAAGGGUUAAAUGCAGCUUUUAUUUCUCUCAUCCCCAAACAUCAUCACCCUCAAACAGCGGCAGAUUUCCGUCCUAUCAGCUUAAUAGGAAGCGCAUAUAAGCUCAUAUCGAAGGUGCUUUCAGCAAGGCUACAAGUGGUUCUACCCUCCCUAAUUUCUGAAAAUCAGUUUGCAUUCACCAAAGGGCGGCAAAUAUCGGACUGCAUUCUUAUAGCUAAUGAGGUGGUGGAUUUAUUGAAUAAAAAGCAAGGAGGAGGAUUUCUAUUAAAGCUGGACUUCGCAAAGGCAUAUGACAACAUCGAUUGGGACUUUUUACUGGAUUUGCUCAAGGAAAUGAACUUUGGAGAUAAGUGGAUUACAUGGAUCUCAAAUUGCAUCACCACAGCUUCCUUAGCGAUCUUAGUCAACGACACACCCACAGAAUUCUUCAAGAUUGAGAAAGGUUUACGCCAAGGAGACCCGUUAUCUCCUCUCCUAUUUAAUAUAUGUGCAAACGGGCUAUCUUGCUUACUGAAUCAAGUGCUAGGCGAGGAGUUAUUCAGUGGGGUGCGAAUUGGCCCGGAGCUAGCUAUUAAUCAUCUCCAGUUCGCAGAUGAUACCUUAUUAUUCUGUGAAAACAAUCAAGAACAAUUGGAUAUCUUAUGUAACAUAGUGGUCUCUUUUCUCUUCGCCUCGGGUCUGAAAAUAAACUUGUCUAAAUCUCUUAUCAUUGGAUGCAAUGUACCUAAGGAGACUACUAGGAGACUGGUUUCUACGUAUGGAUGGAGCAUAGGGAAGUUACCAAUUCUUUAUCUUGGUGCUCCAUUGGGGGGAAAUCCGCGAAGAACUUCCUUUUGGGGAGGAAUGUUAGACAAACUCCGAAACAAAGCUAGGUCUUGGAACUCAAAAUAUAUCUCACUUAGUGGAAGAUUGACACUGAUGAAAUAUGCCUUAUGUGCAAUCCCCCUUUAUCUUAUGGGAAACUUCAAAGCACCGAUUGGGGUUAUAGGGGAAGCUGAGAAAAUCUUACGAGCUUUCUUGUGGGGCAAAGAUGAAGGAGGAAGAAAAAUUGCUUGGAUCCCUUGGGCCCUAAUUUGUCAAUCUAAAGAGUCUGGAGGCCUCGGUGUAGGAUUCUUGACAUGGAAGAAUAGAGCUUUACUGCUUAAGUGGGCAUGGAGAUAUGGGAUUGAAAGACAAAGCCUAUGGAGAAAAGUAAUCACAGAGAAAUAUGGUUUGGACAGCAGGUCCAUGAUGCUUCACUCGGCAAUGAUAGAGGGUCGAAACUGGUCCCCUCAGCUGCUGGAUAUAAUAAAUUUACUGAUGGAAGACUCGAUAUUAGCAAAAGGGCUCACCGAGGGUCUGUUCUGUGGUGUGGGCGAUGGUAAAAACACAAGUUUCUGGGCUGAUCCGUGGGCAGACUUUGAGCCUCUCAAUACAAAAUUCCCAAGAAUCUUUGCUUUGUGUGAGAACAAGACUGCCAUGGUUGCUGAUAUGGGGCUCUUUGUGCAAGGAAAGUGGAUAUGGGAUGUGCCAUUUAGAAGACAAUUUUUCAAUUGGGAAGUGGAAAUAUUUCAAAGCUUUAAUUCCGUGAUUAACUCCUGUUUCCCCUCUGUUGAUUCCCCAGAUAUUCUUUUUUGGAGGUUUGAUAACUCUGGAUCCUUCUCUGUGAAAUCGCUUUGUCUGUGGGCGGAAAAGAAAACUUUUGGUGAUGAUGUUAGACCCAUUCCGACGCAGAUUCGAAGGUCUCUACCCCCAAAAGUGGGAUUAUUGUUUUGGCAAGUGAAUCUGAACAAAGUGGCUACGAAAGAUAACCUCUUGAAAAGAGGUAUUAGCCUACCGGAUAAUGGCUUGUGCUCUCUCUGCCAAACAACCUUAGAAAGUGGAACCCACCUCUUUCUACAUUGCCCAAAAACAUGGAUUUUGUGGUGCUUUGUACUUGCUAGAGAGGGAGUGCAGUGGGCAAUCCCAAGCUCCUUGGAUGAACUAUCUUCCCAGUGGGAAUUCUUAGCUGCCGGUUCUGAUCCACUUCUCUGGAACCUAAUUCCCUACUCAAUAGUUUGGACUAUUUGGCUAGGGAGAAACGAUCUCUUAUUUCAAGGGAGAGACUUCUCCCCACUCAAGUUAUGGGAAAUGCUCAAUCUGAGAAUAGGAUGGUGGGUUAAGAGCAUUUGGAAAAGAUGUCCUUAUGAUGCGCAACAAUUUGCGGAAAACUUCUGCCAUAUCCGUGUUGAAAGAAAUACCCCUAGGCCUCGUAAUAUGAGGUGGGUUCCCCCAUCUGCAGGAAUUCUGAAAUACAAUGUUGAUGGAGCUUCCCAGGGAAAUCCAGGUCGUUGCGGCAUAGGUGGUGUCCUCAGAAAUUCAGAUAGAAAGAUCCUGGGAUUCUUCUCCAUCAAUUUGGGUCAUGGAGGGGCAGCUGAAGCUGAGUUAAAAGCGAUUUGGAAAGCACUUAUUUUCUGCAAUCAAUUCCACUUCAGGGAUCUUAUCAUUGAAAGCGAUUCGACCGUUGCUGUCGGAUGGGUCAAUUCACACCGAAACAGGCCUUGGAAAUGGGUUAAUAUAUUAAACGAGAUAGAUUAUCUGAUGAAGGUGGUAUCUUGCUUGGAAGUGAAGCAUAAUUUUCGGGAAACAAAUGGAAUUGCUGACUUCUUAGCCAAAAAAGGCUGCACUAGAACUGAUACUAUCUGGGCUCAAAUUGCGAUUGGAUCAGCCAAAGGACUUGCUUAUUUACAUGAGGAUUGUCACCCUCGCAUCAUUCACCAAGAAGACAUAAAGGGUGCAAACAUUCUAAUUGAAAACAACUUCGAUGCCAAAGUGGCAGAUUUUGGAUUGGCAAAGUUUAAUCAAGACACUAACACAUGUUUCUACUCGUAUUUGGCUCCUGAGUAUGCAUCAAGUGGCAAACUAACUGAAAAAUAUGAUGUUUUCUCAUUUGGUAUUAUGCUAUUGGAGCUCAUUACAGGACGACGUCCGGUAGACAACACUGAGCUCAUUUGCCAUUCUCCUUGUGUGGACAAAAUUCAAGGAUUGAACAUCACUGGGUAUCUCGCAGCCUUGCUUCACAAUCUACAUUCUACAAAACUUGAAGCAUCUAAACAUGGCUUGCAACUAUUUGAGCCAAAAUAUCCCUCAUUCUUUACCAACCAUGAAGAAACUGAGACUUCUUGUGCAUUCUGGCAAGUUGUUGCAGAUGCUCUACUAGGUGCUGUUGCAGAUGCUUAA